UCCCGCCCCUUUCCCCUUUGACCCCGCCAGUGGCUGAGCGUUCUAUCUUCCUGUUCCAAACCACGUGGACGCGCGCUGGACACUGCGGGACAACAGUGGCCGUGUUACUCUGAUCAUAAUAACAAGGUGGCUUGCCUGCCUACCUGGCCACCCAGGUAGCUAAGGGCUAAGGCUGGAGUGGUUGCCGAAGCGCAGAGCAGCAACAUGGCGAGUCAGCCUCACUCCCUCAGCUAUGUUGGGUGCAACUUUUUGCGGCAGAGGUUGGUGCUUUCCACGCUAAGCGGUCGGCCAGUGAAAAUCCGCAAGAUCAGGGCCAAGGAUGACAACCCCGGCCUCAGAGAUUUUGAAGCAAACUUUAUAAGGCUGAUUGACAAACUAACCAAUGGCUCUAGGAUUGAAAUAAACCAAACAGGUACUACUUUGUAUUAUCAGCCUGGCUUGCUCUACGGGGGUUCAUUGGAACAUGACUGUAGCCCCAGUCGCAGUAUUGGGUAUUACUUGGAAAGCCUUCUCUACUUAGCACCAUUCAUGAAACACUCACUAAGAAUUGUUCUCCGGGGUGUAACCAACGAUCAAGUAGACCCUUCGGUGGAUUGUCUUAAGGCAAUAGCUCUGCCUUUAUUGAAAAGAUUUGGAAUUGAUGGCAAGGAAUUAGAAUUGAAGAUUGUCAAGAGGGGUAUGCCCCCAAAAGGAGGUGGUGAAGUGGUAUUCAGCUGUCCCAUCAAGAAAGCAUUAAAGCCUGUUCAGUACAUUGACCCUGGCAAAAUUAAGCGUAUCAGAGGCAUGGCCUAUUCUGUCAGAGUGUCCCCACAGAUAGCAAAUCGAAUUGUGGAUUCUGCAAGGAGCAUCCUGAAUAAAUUCCUACCAGAUAUUUACAUUUAUACAGAUCAUAUGAAGGGGACAAGCUCUGGGAAGUCUCCGGGAUUUGGUCUUACUCUUGUGGCAGAGACUACGAAUAGUACUUUUCUUAGUGCUGAGCUGGCCUCUAACCCCCAAGGACAGGGCGUGACUGUACUCCCUGAAGACCUUGGUACAAACUGUGCAAAGUUACUACUCGAAGAAAUUCACAGAGGAGGCUGUGUGGAUUCAACAAGCCAAAGCCUUGUUCUGCUGCUCAUGACCCUUGGACAGCAGGAUGUUUCCAAAGUCCUGUUAGGACCUCUGUCACCAUACACAAUUGAGUUUCUGCGACAUUUGAGAAGUUAUUUCCAGGUUAUGUUUAAAAUUGAAACCAAAUCUUCAGGCGAAGAACGCAAAGGGGGCGACAAGGUCUUAAUGACAUGUGUUGGGAUUGGAUUUUCCAAUCUUAGCAAAACAGUAAAGUGAUGUGUCUGUAGAUUUUAAUUAAAAGUGCCUUGACAAUU